GUAUGUUUAUGGAGUCCAGAGAAUAGUAGAGUCUUGGAGUAGACGCACCAAUGGGCGCCUGGGAUAAAGCAAUUGAGAUCCAAUUCGUAGGUCUACUUGGCGGGGGAUAGGUCGCCAAGAGAACCAAUAGAGCACGGCCAUUUCCAGUCGCUCACGGUAACCUUUUCUCUGUCCUUUUUUGUUGACCGUCGUUUGUGCCUCGUUUCCGCUCGUCCACUCCGUCCCUUUGCUCGACCGUCCCCAAUUGUACUCCACAUGCCAUGAGUAAUGCCACCAAAUCAGCAUCAAGACCUGCCGUCUUGGGUAUCGAUCGCGGGUGUUGCUCCGCAGACGUCAGGAUGGAUGCUGAACGGGGCGGAUUGAAGCGCGAGCCGCGCCUCCUCAAAACCCUUGACUCGGCCGCGCCGGCGCGUCCGCUGCUUCUGCUGCUGCUGCUCCGUAUCCAUGCCCUCCUCGCCUGUCUCUUCCUCCUCCUCCUCCUCCUUGUGCUGCCCCGGCGCGUGAUCCUUGACGCCGGCCAAGACCUGUACGUCUCCAUAGCCGCCACGCUACACAGUACCACCACCACCACCGACGACAUGCUGCCCGCAUCCACCUCCACGCUCGCGGCGGCAGGGGUUCUCGCCCUCUCGGCCGCCCAGCCCGCGGUGGCCGCCUCGUCCCUCCUGUACGCGUCCUCAUACGGCGGCAGCGUGACCACGCUCGGCCUGACUGCCGCCGGCCUCGACGUGCUCUCGUCGACGCGGGACUGCUCGCCGGACCCGGCCUGGCUGACGCUGGACCGCGCCAACUCGGUCCUCUACUGCACCGGCGAGGGCCUGGCCACGCGCAACGGGUCCCUGGCCGCCUUCAGGACCUCCGGCACGGGCUCCCUGGAGCUGCUGCACAAGGUCGACACCAUCGGCGGGCCCGUCAGCUCUGUCCUUUUUGGAGACGGCGGUCGAGGCCUGGCUGUCGCUCACUACACCGGGUCCUCACUGAGCUCCUUCUCCGUGUCGGACCUCGGACAGUUGCAGUCCAGGACGUGGGGUGAGCCUCUGGGGCCCAACACGACCCGCCAGGAUGCCCCUCAUCCUCACGAGGCCACGGUCGACCCGACGGGAAAGUUCGUCCUGGUGCCGGAUCUUGGAUCUGACCUGGUCCGCGUCAUGCGCGUCGACCCGUCCAACCUUGGCUUGACCGAGACCUCUCCUCUGGUCGCCGCCCCUGGGAGCGGGCCGAGGCACCUCGUGUUCCUCAACACCGACGACGGCAAGACCUUCAUGUACCUCGUCGGAGAGCUCGACAACAGCAUCACGGCCUAUCGCGUGAAGUACGCUGCCUGUUCUCUCGGGUUCGACAAGGUCUUCGUGACCAACUCGUUCGGCGAUAGGGCUGUCCCCCAGAGCACCGCAGCUGAGAUCCAUCUGUCGCCCGACAGCCGCUUCCUGCUCGUCUCCAGUCGGUCCGACAAGUCCUUCACCAUCCCCAGCUUUGACGGCUCGGCCGCGUCGAUCCCGUCGGACACCAUCUCCAGCUUCACCGUCGACCCGGCCACGGGCGCGCUCGCCCUGGCGCAGACCUUCCCGGCGGGCGGCUUGAUACCGAGGCAAUUCUCUAUCAACAAGGCCGGGGACAGGCUUGCGGUGGGUCUUCAGGCCGACGGCCGGGUCGUGAUCAUCGAGCGAGACGUUCGGACCGGCAUCCUGCAGCGCUUUGUCGGCAGCGCCAGCCUUGACGUGGGCGUGACCACCGUUCUUUUUGAUGAGUGAUCUCGAUCGCGCUCUCUGACGUGACGACAUGGGCUCUACUUGGAUACGAUGAUGUCUCUAGGUGAUAGGGGUGAUCUUGGCUGCAUCGAGCGUGACUAUGGAUUUGUAACUUGUAUUAUUAUACCCGCACAGGUCCCAAGCAUAUAGAAAGCCUAUAAUAGCUUUGACAAGAAAGUCGCUAAAUUAAAGUCCGCCACAUAUGUUCUAUCCA